AUGUCGAUCAUUCCAAGUUUCUUCGGUGGCCGACGAAGCAGCAUCUUCGAUCCAUUCUCACUCGACAUCUGGGAUCCAUUCAAAGAUUUCCCAAUUUCAUCUUCGUCAGAUCAUGUUUCAAAUGAAACCUCUGCCUUGGUGAACACACGUGUGGAUUGGAAGGAAACCCCAGAAGCUCAUGUGUUUAAAGCCGAUCUUCCUGGGAUCAAGAAAGAAGAAAUCAAGGUGGAGGUGGAGGACGACAGGAUCCUACAAAUCAGUGGCGAGAGAAAUGUCGAGAAAGAAGAUAAAAACGAUACAUGGCAUCGUGUGGAACGCAGCAGUGGGAAGUUCACCAGAAGGUUCAGGUUGCCGGAGAAUGCUAAGAUGGAUCAGGUGAAAGCAGCCAUGGAAAAUGGAGUGCUCACAAUUACUGUGCCCAAAGAAGAAGUGAAGAAGCCCGAUGUGAAGUCCAUUGAGAUCUCUGGUUAA